UCUUGGUCGAAGUAGCGCCUCCAAUUGCAGCAGCGAUGGCGAAAUCGAAAUUGGGGAAAGGGAAGGCGGUGAAGAAGAAUAUAGCCGCCGGUUCGGUUUCCAAAAUCGAGAAGAAGAUGAAGAAGAAGAAGAAAGUCAAGCAAACGAAGGUGGGUUCCUCCGAUUCGGACUCGGAUAUGGACCCGCAGACCAAGGUCCAAACCCUACUCGAACCCUUAUCCAAGGACCAGCUCGUUAAUCUCGUCACGGACCUCGCGCUAGCGAACGAUUCCCUAUACGCUCUCGUGAAAUCAUCCGCCGACCGGGAUAUCUCCCACCGGAAGAUUUUUAUUCAUGGCCUGAGCUGGGAGGCCACGACGCAGUCGGUUCAAUCGGUUUUUGGGGCUUAUGGCGAGAUUGAAGAUCUUAAUGUGGUGAUGGAUCGAAAUUCUGGGAAGUGUAAAGGCUACGGUUUCAUCACCUACAAAACUCGGAAAGCUGCGAAGAAGUUGUUGAAAAACCCUAAGGUCCAAGUAGGGAAUCGUAUUACGGCGUGCCAGUUAGCGUCGGAGGGGCCUACUGCUCCUGGCCCCGGUGGAAUAGUUUCUCAGCAACAUUUCUCGUCCGAUUAUCCUCAGCGGAAGAUUUAUGUGAGUAACGUCUCGUUUAACGUUAACGCAGAGAGGUUGAGGAAUUUCUUCGAGAAAUUUGGGGAUAUUGAGGCUGGGCCGAAGGGGUUUGAUCCGGUGACGGGGAAAUUCAAAGGGUAUGCGAUUUUUGUUUAUAAAACCGUGGAAGGAGCGAAGAAGGCUUUGGAGGAGCCACACAAAAUCUUUGAAGGACAUCAAUUGCAUUGUCGAAAGGCGGCUGAGGGGAAGAAUAAAGUGGCUAGUGGGGCAGCCUCUAUAACAACAGCUUUGCAGCCAAUGCAGCCUCAAAUGCUGGCUGCAGUGGCGGCUGCGCAGCAGGUGCAGAAUAUGGCCUUGUUGGGGCAGCAAGCAGGGAUUGUGAAUCCUUUGUUUGGUGGUGAGAUGGUUGCGAAUACAAAUUUAGGUGCAUUGAUGGAAGGGUAUUAUGGGAUGGUGGGUGGACCAAUGCACGUGGGUGCGGGUGCAUAUGGUGCUCCUGCUGAGCGCUCCUCCAGUCAGACAAUGAUUCAAGGGUUGCAAUAUAUGUACCCAAAUAUGAAAAGCGGAAGAAUGUCGUCCUCACCGAGGAAUGCAGCCCAGGGUAACGGGGGUGGUUACUCUCCAUUGUGAGUUGUGGAGAAAAAGAUGGAUGACCGUAGGGCUGGUGAAAUAUACUAAGGAAACAUUUAAAUCAUGGUGUCGGGUGUUGCAGAUUAAUUUUUCCAACUUUGAUUUUAUAGUUUGUUUGACGACUGUUUUUACACUUUUGGAAAACCAUUUGCAAAAUGUUGUAUGCAACAUCCUGUUUUGUUUGAACUUUAAAGUCUUCUAUAUUUGAAUUUGGAUAGUUUUUUAUAUUUAUUA